AUGGCCUGCCCGCUGAUGGGGCUGCCUGACGAACUCCAGUUGUGGAUCAUCGAGAAACUCCAAGAAUCCGGCAGAGACGGCUUCAAUGGCCUCGUCAACCUCAGUAGUACUUGCUCUCGGUAUCGGACGCUUCUCGCUCCUACCGUCUUCCACACGAUCACUCUCAAAAACACCGUCAGAAGCGCUGAAUCGGUGCUCGCGGUUGCGAAUAAAAACUCUCUUGCACAAUACGUCAAACACCUUCACUUCAUCGGCACACUGGCGCAAAUCGACUUCAUUGCGAACCCUUGCGGCGAUUUAUAUGGCCUGUUGGAGGAUACAAAAGAUGCAGCCUGGGUCUCCAUGGUAGAGUUGGACGCCAAAGAAGUGUUUCCGACUGUCGCUUCCAAUAUCUUAUCCGAUUUACGCUUGUUUCCCCAGUUGACCAUGCUCACGGUCAGCUUUGAUUCGGAUUCUUGGUGGGGGCAUCCGCAGAGUAACAGCUCUAUGUUGACCGACCUGGAGCACACAGACGGCAGCAGUCAGGUAGAGUGGGUGGAGCAGAAUGUGCCUUAUAGAGCCUUGAUGUCGGCAACAUUCGUCACCAUUACCAGGAACACGAAUCACUCUAUCACAAUGCUCCACUUGAAUCUGAUACCCAUCCUGGUAGGAGCUUUCGGCAGUACAGACUGGUCCGAAUUCUUGAACCCCAUCCAAAGCUGCACCGUCGCCAUUAAAGGUGAAUUCAAAGCCAGAAAAAUCCCCCGGGAUGAGAACUGCUGUCUUGCGAGAACCUGCGACGACUGUCAGGGUGCGCAAUGUGCCGGCGCCACCACCGGCUACUGCUAUUUUAUCUCUAGGCUUUCUCAGUGUUUCUUCGAACACCUAGACUCCGUCACGACUUUGCGGAUCAUCGCCUCUGUCUCGGGCCCAAUCUGGUACGUCUCUGAAGAAUGUGGGCUCGGGGGAAACCAGCUGCCAAAACUCCGGUCUCUAUACGUUGAACGGGUGUUCGUAUGCCACGAGCUUGGGAAAUUUUUGGCCACUCGCAAAGACGUCCUAGAAGAGAUCACCUUCCAGGAUUGCUAUGGUACCGUGGAUUUUGACUAUCCCAACUACCCAAAAGGCGUUGGAAAGUGUAGUUGGCAUUGUCUGCUCGAUUAUCUUUCGACUGCUAACCCCACGCGCCUUCAGUCGGUAGAAAUUCGACCUCUUCAAGAGCCACUCUUUUUGAUGGCUAUGGAGAGUAAUUUGCACUGGCCAGAUUCAGGCAUUGAAGCCAUUGAUCUAAAAGUGGCCCAAGAUCUCCUUGCGAACGACCCCCACCGCGUAGCUUUUCCUUACGCGUGGCUUGAGGACUGGGACGGGCUCCUCGAUAUAACAGAUUAUUAUGAGAGCGAGGCCUUCGUUCAAGGCGACGAUGUAAUGUCGUAUAACCGACUGCUCGCCAUCGUGAAAGCCAACCGGGCAACCCGCUUACAGGUCUAG